UGCCCAUGGCUUUGCAGAGCACAGCUUGAUGCCUUUGGGUGCCUUAUGCCGCACAUCAAUUACCUAACCGACAUUGAGCUCCGGGUCAGAACUGCUCGAUAGGCUUUUGGCCCCGAUGAUCCCAGCACAAACACACAAUUAACCAGGACGAGCACAGCCUGCUGGGCAUGAUAGGCUGGCUCAUGUGUACAAACGUGCGCAAUAGCGGUCUCAGAGUGGGUUUCAUGGUGAAAGUCACGGAUGUCCAUGGUGUUCUUUCUGCCUACAGUAUCUCCCGACUCUCUGCAUUCUUCUUUCGUCUCUCGCCAAAAUCUUUUACAACCCACUUCACCUCUCAUCCUGGAUAUAUUAUUAAGUGGCGACACAUUGCGCAACCAUGGUAAACUGCUACAGGAAGGCAAACAGCACAGACAUCAGUGAUACAUCCGCAGUUGAUGCAGCAUGCAGUGUCAUCACAACAGCCGAGCUCUACUCGCCUUGCUGUCCCAUAAAGUCGGAUGAUGCUCUGGGAAACGGGAACCUCUGUCUGUCGGAAUAUCUUUGUUGGGAGAGUUCUCCCCCGUCGGGAGGUAGCGGCUUCCUCGCAGCGUCAUGUACGGACCAGUCGUACGAAAGCGACCAGUGUACCAGUCAUUGCACGGACAAUCCAGUGCCGGAUGUCAUCUAUAACCCUGACACAGGCCUUUGGGCUUGCUGUGGGUGGUCGUACUCGGACGGGGUCGACUGCGCACAUCCCACGAACGAAACCUGGUCCGGCCUCGCACCGUCCAUACUACUCGCCGCGGCGAGUUCCUCUAGCACCAUCGCUGGCACAGCUACUUUGAUUAGCUCAUCUUCGAUAUUGACCUCCGUUGCGACAACAUCUUCAACGACGAGUUCGAGUUCGAGUUCAAGCACGAGCACGAGCACAGCCGCAGAUACCACAGCCUCAUCGCCAACAUCAACUGCAUCAUCAUCCGCAUCGUCCCCCAUUGCAUCAAAGUCCUCGGGAGCCAGCGGCGGCGCCAAGGCUGGGAUAGCAGUCGGAGUUAUUGCUGCUGUCGUCCUAGUAGCUUUAGGGGUAUUCUUCUUAUGGACCAGAAAUAGAAAGCAACAAAGAGGUUACGGAGAUGGUCCAGGCCUGCAGCGUCCGUCUGUAGACAAACCAGGGCCACGGGACGGGGAGUAUAAAUAUCGAGACUACCGCCCUCCUGCCAUCGAAAUGCAUUCGGAUCCUCCUAGGAGCGAGCUGCCGACGGACGCGCCGAUGCAUCCGGCGGAUGGUAGGACUGGGCUUGCGGAGAUGUCAUGAUGGAGAAGGGUUUGACAUGGCUAUUUACUUUGAAUAAAGCACA